UCCUAAAUUCGUCACGGUCCUAGAGUCGUGUCCCUUUUGUUUUCUUCGCGUAUCUCGCGAGAUUUGGUUCGAGGCUGCGCAUUUCUUGAGAAAAAAUUUACUACGAUAUGUGACGUCACUUUUUACUAUACAGCAGCCGACAAUGCGGUCAAAACAGGUUAAUCCCACGUCAAAAAAGAAAAAAUACAGGUUAUAUUCUCCAUCAGCUCUAACAAAUGCUUAUAGAAUGGUGAAAGAAAAUCAAAUGUCAGUGAAAAAGGCAUCAAAAAUAUUUCAAGUGCCAGACACCACUCUAAGAGAUAGAGUUCUUCAAAAAGUGGAUCCUGAGACAGCAGUUUUUGGGAAGAGCCCAGUGCUGGAAUGCUUUGAAGAGGCAAACCUAGUUCAACAUUUUAAGACGAUGGCAGCUUAUGGGUAUGGUUACACCCGACAGGAGUGUGUAAAUAUUGCAUCUGAGUAUGCUGUACACCUUGGGAAGAGAACUAUGGAUAAACCAUUUACCAUGAAAUGGAUGAGGGGGUUCCUUAAAAGAUGGCCAGAACUAAAAGUGUUAAAGCCAAGAGGGCUUGAACAUGCCCGAGCGAAGAUGGCAUCAAAAGAAACAGUUGCUGGGUACUUUAAGAAUCUUGAAAAAACCCUUUCAACACACAACAUGCAUGACAAGCCUCAUUUGAUUUACAAUGUAGAUGAAAAGGGCAUAUCAAUUGAUCACAAACCCCCUUCAGUUGUGAGUGAUUCAACAUACUGCCCACAGGCUGUCACAUCUGGUCGGGGGAAAACUAUUACCAUUCUUGGAGGAGGAAGUGCCAGUGGGGUUGCCAUACCACCAUUUUUUAUUUUCCCAGGGAAGCGGAUGAGACCAGAGUUAUUAAAUGGGGCAUCUCCUGGAACCAGUGGGACUGUGAGUGAAACAGGUUGGUCAAAUGGUGUUAUAUUCCGCGAAUAUUUAGAAAACCAUUUCUUGAAGUUUGUACCACGAAGUGACAAUCAAAAGGUUCUUUUACUUUUGGAUGGACAUCGCUCCCAUGUUUCUGUUGAUCUGAUAGAAUGGGCAAAAGAGCAGGGCAUAAUUAUCUUCAUUUUACCUGCACAUACUAGUCACAUCUUGCAGCCCAUGGAUGUCUCUUGCUAUGGUCCCUUGGAGAAAAUAUACAACAACCUGUGUCACAAAUUGAUGAGGGAGUCCUCUGCUACCAUUACCAGAUACAAUGUAUGUGAGGUUGCUGGCAAGGCAUACACUAGAGCACUUUCUCCAGAAAAUAUUCAGUCUGGAUUCAGGAAAUCAGGUAUCUACCCUUUGAAUCCUGAAGCGAUCAGAAUGGAAUAUCUGGCUCCAGCAGAGGUGUUUAAACAAAUUAGCCCUAUUACAAACACAACACCAAGUGAAAAGAAUACACAUGAAGAUGCGGAAAAUUUAGACAAUGAGGAAGAUAAUGGAGGUUUUGUAAUGGAAUUAGUGAACAAAGAGAAACACUUGAAGGAAAUAAAGAGUGAGCCAGUUACCAAGGAGAGAAAAACAUUGAGUAAGAUAGUGGCAGGGAAGGAAAUUUCUGAUGGAGUAAUUGAAAAAAUGGUGGAGCAUGAAAGAAAUCAGAAAGGAUCACAUGGGAAAAGAAAGUCAACUAGUGUGAAGAAAGCUGAACCUAAGAAGAAAAUUGUUUUUGUUGACGAGACUCAACAACCAGGACCAUCGGCUAUAAAUUUGAUUUCCGAUAAUGCCAUCAGUGAUUCAGACAGUGACACUGAGAACAUUGAUCCGUCAAAGCUUUGUUGCAUUUGUCACAGAUGGCAGCCAGAACAGAUCAGAAAUUGUGUUUCUUUAGUGUUUACUAAAUGGGCACAAUGUGACAGAUGCAACCACUGGGUUCAUUUAAUUUACUGCUCACCUGUCAGAUUUGUUAGGAGGAAUGACUCCUUCUGUCCUCACUGUACAGAAGAGUGA